UUUUAAGAAAGCAAUAUGAAUUAGCAUUACAUGUUGAAAAACUUCAUAUGAAUGCAAAUUCUUACGCAAAUUUAGUUCACAAUAAUUCUUCAAAUCAAGAAGAUCAAUUAAAUAAUAAAUUAAUUCAUAACACAAAUUCUUAUGACAAUUUGCCUCGUAAAGUUUUGGAGCAACAAGAUGAAUCAGAUGAUAGAUUUGUUUAUAGUCCUGAAUCAAACGACGAUUUGCUUCCGGCGCAACAAGAUCUGUCAAAUGGUAGAUUUGUUACUAACAUAAGAUCAAAGUCUGAUAGUCAAUUGGUUCGCAAAACUAGUGAAGCUAGCAUGAGAGCAUAUACUGAAUAUAAAGAUUCAAUUACACCUGUCAAUGUAAGAGCAAAUUCGGACAAUUAUGUUUCAGUUAGACAAACUAAUGUAAGAACAAAUUUAGAUAAUAAUCAUGUUAAACAAAUUAACACAAGAACAAAUUCAGAUAAUAAUUUAACUAGAUCAGGCAGCAUAAAAAGCAAUAAUUCUUCAGUUAGAUCACCCAGUGUAAAAACCAAUUCAGAUAAUAAUUCUAUUAUUCACGUUAGGUCACCCAGCGUAAAAACUAAUUCGGAUAAUAAUUUAAAACCAAAUUGCAUUGAUUAUCAAUUAAAUGAAUCAAAUUUGCAAAUUGAUAAAGCUAGCAUUUAUACUAGUUCAGAUUCAAGAUCUGCGGAUGAAUCAACUUUACACCCUGAUGAAUAUUACA